UUGUGUUAAUUGCGUUUGGACUGGAAAAUUAAUGGAAAUAAAUUACGUUAAAUGCAUGUUAAAUAACCUUAAUGUAACAUGCAAACUCUGUUUUAUUACGUUUUUAAGGCGCAAGUUAAUUUUUAGUUUUUAAGUCUAUUUAUACGCCUAAUAUAAAUAGUAAUAAUAAUAUCAAUGCUACUCAGAAAGUGUUAAGUGACGGUGUCGUUUUGUAAAUUAAAGGCCAACGGAUCAAAUCCUUUAGCAUUGUCAGAUUAAACAAGUUACAUGUCUCACACAUUGAAUAUUAGCAUGCAAGAUGUUUCUUUAAAACACGCUAGUAUAAUCCCUUUUAAAGAUUUAAUCCUUCCUUUUUAACUAAACAUUUGUCAUGCACUUUUCAGAAAGUUGAUAUCCAAAAUAGCAAUUUGUUUGUGGUCAGUUUGACAGGUAGCCUAUAUCAGGGAGAGCAUGUUUAAAAAUGUAAUAAAAUAUUGCAACUAAAGAUAACUGGCUAAAAUAUAGAGCAGCAGUGUGAACACAAGUCAAAAUGUUUUAAAUUCGAUUCAUGUUUUAUAUAGGCUACUGCAGUUUAUGUUGUCAAGUUGAAAUCUCGUUCAAAUUUACAUCAUACUUAUGCAUAUGACAGAUGUCAUACACUCCAAGUAUAUGUUAUCAGUUUAUAGUACAUUCCCUGCGAAUCAAGCCUAACCAUUGUUUUGCUAUUACCAGGCUGCCAGUAGAGCUAGGUCUAAGAAGUAAAGGUCUAAGAAGUACUAACUUGGUUAAUGAGCAGGCCUAGACAAACUCUGCAGAUUUUUACAUCCUUCCUCUGCUGUUUUUAGGGAAAAAUCUGUGUCAGUUCUGCAGAAUGAACAUGGUAAAAUGUGUUAAAUUGAGCAUAAUCAAAUUAAUAAAAAUAUUUAAUUAACAAACACACAAGGGGCGGCAUAAACUUUUGUACUGUUUGGGGUCAAUAAGAUUUUUAUUUUUUUUUUUUUUCUGAGGGGAAAAAAACAACAAUACACUUUUAUCUAGCAAGAAUGCAAUAAAUGUAUCAAAAGUGUCCGUAAAUAUUUUUAUUUAUUUAUUUAUUUAUUUUUAAAAAUAAAUGCUGAUCUUUUGAACAUUAAUGAAUUCUGAAAAAAAUUUAUCACUGUUUCCAUAAAAACAAAAUAGCACAAUGGAUCACGUUACUCUGACUGGAGUUAUGGCGGCUGAAAAUUAAUCUUAUUAUCAAAGGAAUACAUUACAUUUUAAAGAAUAUUAAAUGGAAAACAUUUAUUUUAAAAUGUUAAACUGUUUCAAAAAAUUCUUGCUUAUACUUUUAUCCCUUUUUUUUUUUAUCAAAUUAAUACAAAAAAAAAAAAACAUUUAAAAAACUGACCCCAAACUUUUAAUUAGUAAUGUAUGCAUAUAAGGGAGCUCAAAAUCUACAAAGUUUUCUGAAGAAUUUCUUGCAUCAAAAUUCCAUGUUAGCUUGCUUAUGAGACAAUGAAAUACUUAUAAUACAACGAACCUAUGGAUGCUAGGACCAAGGCCACGUAGUCGUGUCUACUUAUACCUCCCUCAACUUUGUCACCUCCCGAUUCCGUUGUUUCUCGUUCCCUCAUCCUCCCUCACAUCUUUUCGCACAACUUUUCACACCUGCCCUCUUUCUUUACCUCUUUGUCUCUCUUCAGACAUACACAGCGCUUCGUCCCUCGGUCCUCACCCCUUUUUCUCUCUCUGUGUGUGUAUGUGUGUGUCCCCUCUCUUCUCUCUCUUUGCCUGUGGCUGUGUGUCUAGUACCAUGGAGCAAUUGAAGGUGACAGGGCCAGAGAGAGAGGAGGGGAGAGGGAGGACGUGGCACUCUGUAGCCUGGGGGCACACAACAACACACAGAGAGAGAGAUGGGAAAGGAAAUGGGAGGGCAGAGACGACAAAAUAAGGAAGAAGACAAGUGCUCGCGAACCAAACGGAUGACACAGAGUGAUGGAGAGACUGUGGGCCUAAUGAAUUAUUUGUAAUUAAUGCAUUAACAUCAAUGCCUCUGCCGGAUUUUGGCGUCACACGCGGUGUAUCGAGUACAACACUUGCUCUUUUACCACAUAUAGGCCUACAUGCACUCUCAUACAUGUACACACAUUUUUUUAAGCGCUUGAUGUUAAUUUGUCCCGGCAUUGUUGCUAUGGUGACCUCUCUUCCCCCUCCCCCCCAGCAGAGAGAGAGAGGGUGACAGGGAUGAACUAACAAGACACUGAAAAAAUGUGCCCUGAAGGAGCGUACGCUCACACACCAGCACACAUAAUAAACACACACUCAACGUCACAUGUGUGCAACACUCUGACACUAAAUAUUAACAACGUUUUAUUACGAUCCCUUCUCAUUUGCUUCACUUUUGUAACUAUUUCAAAAAGUAACCCACACGGAGAAAGAUGCUCUUCAUCUUCCAUUGUGUUUCUGUUUAAAUCCUCUGUCUGUUUUCCGUGUCAUUGUCUUUUUCCGUGCAUCUUCUGAACGAGUGACAAAGAGGGAGACGUAGGUAUGGGGGGAGGAUGAGAGAGGAAGAGAGCGGAGGGUUUUGUCAACCGGAAAUAAAUAAAGCUGGCACCCUCCUUCUCCUCCGCCUCCUCUGUCUCUCUUUCUCGUGCCCUCCGUGUCCCCCUUCCUUGGUUUUUUUUCUACAAGGAUACAUCCAUGGCCUCGUUAUGUCUUCCUAUUUCUCUCUUUCUGUUUCAGUUCCUUCGCUAUCAUGCGUAUACCGCACGAAACUCCUUGUGAUUUGUUUGUGCCGUGACAGUGUCCAUUGACCUGAUGGUGCUUGUCGCAUUAAAGAGAUGGACCUCUAAAAAAUUUACAUUCUGUCAUCAUUUGCUCACCCUCGGGUCGUUCCCGACCUGAGUGAUGUCUGAAACACAAAGAAGAUGUUUAGCAGAAUGCUUGAGGUGCACUUUUCCAUACAAUGACUGGUGUGAAUGGGGACUAGGGGCUGUUAAGUCACCAAAAAGUAACAUAACAGUAGUCCUCAUUACUCCUGCAAUAUAUUCCAAGUCUUCUAAAGUAAUACAAUAGCUUUGAUGAGACCAAUAUCAUUUUGGAAGCUUGGCAGCUCAUUUAGACAUCGUUCACUUUCAUUUCAUAGAAAAGAGCAGUGUGAAUAUUCUGCUAAACUUUGCGUUCCACAGAAGAAAGAAAGUCAUACAGAUCUGGAAAGACGUAAGAGUAAAUAACCAAUGACAAAAUUAGCAUUUUUAGAUGAAUAUCCUUUUAAUAUUUGUGAAGAUCUACUCUGACUCCAUAAGUAAUCUCUGUUUAUUAACAGAAUACUUUCUGAAGACUUUGUAUAAUAUUUAUACCCAAUUUAAUAGCAGAAAAAAUAUCCAGUGGUUCUCAGCUCUUUUGUCCAAAUCAGUUUUCGAAAACAGUCUGUUGUAAUAAAAAUAAACAUGUUUUAGUGGGUUUUUCUAAGCUUUUCAAAUUAAGAUUUUGUUAAUAUAACUAACUUUUAAUAAUGUAAUAUAACAAGUCAUUGGGGCCACCUUUUAAGUUUGCUGAUGCCCCCUAGUGGGUCCUGGCCCUCUGGUUGAGAGUAUUUACAUAUCAGUACAAUAAAACAGCUUAUGAUUCUCUGAUUCUAGGUCUAAUACCCAAAAGGAGAAAUAAAAACCCCUUUGAUCCUUCUUCUUACUUUAAAAGUGAGCAUAAAGAGUCCUCGUAUUUAUUUGCCUAAAUUGAACCUUUCAUAUUAACUAGAAUCAAAAUUGUCAUGCUUGUAAAUAGUGUUGGCUGAGUCUCCUGUAUCAGACCUCCAAGUCUCUCUCUCUGUUUUUCUCUCUUAUUUUAACAUGUCACAGGCUCUUUGGUUUUUAAAGUUAAUCCAAUAAAAUAUGCAAAUAUAGCAUUGGGAUUGUCGCAAAGUGCAGUGGAGGGUAAACAUGCCGUAUAUACUCUGAUGUGUGUGUGUGUGUGUGUGUGUGUAGGAGAAGAGAGGCCCUUACACGCAAGUCUGAGAGCGUCUCCUCAUGUUUGCAUGUAAUCGUACUAGCGAGCAUGGAACGUGCAGAGAACAGAGUAAUGUGUGAAAUUUCUCUUCUCAUGAGGAUGGCAGUGUCUUGUUUUAAAAUUUAAGAAUAUAAUGGUCUGUUCAUUGAAAUUGUUUUGUCAGCACAACAGCUUAUAUGUUGUUGUGUGUGUGUGUGUGUGUGUGUGUGUGUGAAUGUGUGUUUUAUAUUAUUUAAACUGUGUUCUUUUAACCCUCAUGUUCUUUUUGGGGACUAUUAGGCCGUCUAAAAUUAUACUAAAAUUAUAGUUUAAUACUUAUGCUCACCAAGGCUGCAUUUAUUUGAUUUAAAAUACAGUAAAACAGCAAUAUUGUAAAAAAAAAACUAAACAAAAUUUUUUUUUAUUUACAAUUUAAAAUAACUGUUUUCUAUUUCAAUGUGUUUUAAAAAGUAAUUUAUUCCUGUGCUGGCAAAGCUGGAUUUUCAGCAUCAUUACUCCAGUCUUUAGUGUCACAUGAUCCUUCAGAAAUCAUUCUAAUAUACUGAUUUGCUGCUCAAAAAACCAUUUCUUAGUAUUAUAAAUGUUGAUAUUUUUGUGGAAACUGCAAUACAUUUUUUAAUCACUCUUUGACUGAUGUGAAGUAGCUUGAAAAUUUACAUAACGGGUCAAACAGAACAAAGUUGUUAGUCUCGUGUCUGAGAUGCAUUUGAAUAUUUUAUGAUAAAUCAGAGGGUUAAUGCUUCAUUUAUAUCAUUCAUAGGAACACAUUUGAAUUAAGUUAACUUUGAAAUGACUUCUCAUACAUUUGUGUUGAUCACAGCAGUGCAGGGGGUUAAACUAUCACUGACCGCUGGCCAUCAGAGCAGGUGCAUGAUCUGAAGCUGUCUCACAGCUCUUAGGUUAGCCAUUUUUGGAAGUUGUUAUCUACAAAAAGCAAAUUGCCUUUGUGAUACUUUAGAAAUAGCUUUACGUCUCCUCUUUUUCAGUCAUUUUUUUGCCUCUACCUCUCCCUCUCACUUCAUCACCCCUUUUCCUGGCAUUAAGUCCAGACCUGACACUGACACUGACUCUGUGUGUCAUCCCUCUCUCUCUCUUUCCCUCUCUCCCUCAUUGCUUCAAGGACCAGAGUGCCUGCAGAUGCAUUUCUCUGUAGCCCACUACCCCUCCCUCGCCUCCUCUCUUUCGCCCUGUCUAACUCUCUCCAUCUUUCUCUCGCUUUCCUCUCCUCCCAUGCUCUCUCUCUCUCUCUCUCUCUCUCUCUCUCUCGAACACAGUCUAACAUUAACAAAGCAAGAGAACAGAGAGAAGGAGAGAGGGAUGAACAGAAAGUGAUAGAGACACUGAGCAAGUGUGGACCACUUUUACAAUUCAUUCAUCUACCAGUUCUAGAUCAUUCUUUGCCUUUGAGAGCCAUGGUUUACUCUCAAAACCAAUGGUUGGAGUGGUCUGGAUGAUAGAAGGAGAGGGUGAGUGUUUUCUCACAGGUGACAUUUGAUGUAUGACAAUCUGACCAUGCUGAACUUACAAAACGGCUCCAACUGGACUGGUCCAAACAACUGGUACCACCCGGCCGACACCAUCACUCCUCAACACGGAACAGAUGGUUGCGUGGAAGAUCUGAAUGUGCAGAUGGCCAGAGCAGGGGAAGGAGUGGUGCAGGGAGAGAGGGAUGAGGUGGACGAGUCGCAGCUACACCUGCAGCUAAAGAGGAAGCUGCAGAGGAACCGCACCAGCUUCACCCAGGAGCAGAUAGAUGCCCUGGAGAGAGAGUUUGAAAGGACUCAUUACCCAGAUGUCUUUGCUAGAGAGAGACUGGCUGCAAAGAUUGAUCUUCCAGAGGCCAGAAUUCAGGUAUGGUUCUCUAAUCGGAGAGCUAAGUGGAGAAGGGAGGAAAAGCUGAGAAACCAGAGGAGAUCAGGGGGCACCAGUUCCUGUUCUCAGACACAUACUCCCCUGAGCACAUCCUUUACCUCCCCUGUAUAUCACUCCCAUCACAGCAACAGCUCAGGUUCAAUGCACAGUCGGAGUGAUUCGUCUCUCUCAGGCUACAGCUCUCUGUCUGUCUUCUCCAGUAUGCAGUCUUUGCCCUCCCAGUCCACUCCAACUUACUCCUGCAUGUUGCCUCCUUCUCCUUCUGCCCUCCCCCCUCUUUCCCGUAAAUUUGACUCCUCAUCUUACACCUCUCCCCACCUCCCACCCCCACCCACGGCCAGCGCAAACACAGGAUUCUUUCCCGGGGUUUCCGCAGCAGGGCAGACUGCAGUUCAAGGCGGCGAUCAGGAGCUGGGACAAGGUCUGGGUCAGUACUGGACGAGACUGCAGUAAAAACACACCUUAUCAUUAUCAGACAAAACCAGCAGAGCUUCAAUCAGCAACUUUGAGCAAAUUAUUUAACAAAACGUGUGUCAGGAAACCCUACUUAUUUAGAUUAUGUACACAUCAGGGAGGCAGUCUAUGUAAGCCAUAAUAAAAUGUGGACCUCACAAACCUGCACAGACGGAAGAGAAAAUGGACUCCAGCCUUUUUGAUCUGCACAGUUACACUCUUAAAAAUAAAGGUGCUUAAUCAGUUCUUCACAGCGAUGCUAUAGAAGAACCAUUUUUGGUUCCACAAAGAACCGUUCAAUCAAAGAACCGUCUCUUUCUUACCAUUUUAUAAUCUGAAGAAGCUUCUUUCACCACAAAGAAACUUUUGUGAAACAGAAAGGUUCUUCAGAUCUUAAAGGUUCUUUAUGGAACCAUUUAGACAAAAAGGUUCUUCUAUGGCAUCGUGAAGCACCUUUAUUUUUAAGAGUGUGUAUAGGCCUACUCAGCACCGUGCUGGACAACAGCACAAACUAGUUUGGUUAACAUUCUCAGCUAUUGGAGUUAAAACAGUGCACAUCUAAAAAAAAAAAAAAAAAAAAGAAAAACUUGAGGCCAACACCUCGCCUCAUGUUGAUGCAACGAAAAUGUUGUUUAAUUGAUGUGCCACUUACAAUCAAUGUGAUAAACUGCAUGUGACCAAAAAUGAGGAUGUUUUAAAACUGCUUCUAUAGCUGCCGUUCAAAAGUUUGGGUUUGGCAAGAUAUUUUAAUGUUUCUUAUGCUUACCAAGGGUGCAUUUAUUGAUUGAAAAUACAGUAAAAAAUAAAUGCUGAAAUAUUUUUACAAUUUUAAAUAACUUAUAUUAUUAUUUAAAUGUGUUCAAUAUGUAUAUUUUAAAGUAUAUUAAUAAGAUUUAUUCCUGUGACAGCAAAGCUGAAUUUUCAGCAUCAUUGCUCCAGUCUUCAGGGUCACACGAUCCUACAGAAAUCAUUCUGAUAUGCUGAUUUGCUGCUCAAGAAACAUGUCUUAUUAUCAAUAUAAAAACACUUUUGCUGCUUAAUAUUUUUGUUAUAACCCUAACUGUGAUUCUUUGAUAAACAGAAAGUUCAAAAGAACAGCAUUUAUUUGAAAUAAAAAUCUUUUUAAUGUUAUAAAUGUCUAUACUGUCACUUUUGAUAAAUUUAAUGUGUCCUUGCCGAAUAAAAGUGUUAUUAUUAUUAUUAUUUAAAUCUUACUAACCCCAAACUUUUGAAUGGUAAUGUAGAUUGAUGGUAUUGACAAUGAUAGAUUUUGAGAAGUCUGUUAUGAGCCUAUCAGUUACCAGCCCAUCAUAAUACUGCACUGACGUGGAGAAAACAAUGACAAUCAAGCUUACAGACAAGCUAAGCAGUGACAAUCAAUCUAGUGCACAAAGUAGCUCAAAAGAAUCAAAACUAAAUGUAAAUUGCUGUAGCCAAUGACAAUCAAAAUACAGUUUUGCAAAAGGCUGCAAAGACAAUCAAACAUACAAACAUACCGACCAUGUGUAAUAUACUGAAGUUAAGUUAAUGAUUUAUUACUGUACAUUGUUAAAUGGACAUUAAUGUGAUUUGAUUAUUGCUUUAUUUCACCACUCUGUAACAUUCAUAGGUUUUUUCCUGUCAGAUCCCAUGAACUCACUGUAGAUUUGUAUGUUUGAAUGUGUGUGAAUAUGAAAGAGAGAGACAGCAAUAGAGAGAGAGUGAU